UGCAUCUUUCUGCAAUUAACAUUUCAUUCCCUCCUCUAAGGUGGAUCCUGUUUUAGUGAAUAACUAGUAUUUAGUUUAAGCCACGCUUGUGCUGAUGCGUCAUCGUUGGUUUCUGCCAGUUGUUUUAAUUGUUUCAUGGUUGCAGAUAUAAAGGGCAAUGAACAAAUCGAAAAAUAUUCUUGGAGAGAAGCUUGUGAUAUUGGCAGCUCAAGAAUGGACAGAAAGCAUGGAACAUACGUAUUGAACGUUGAGCACUCUAUAAACCAGCCGCCACUCACACGUCCAAAUGACCAAGAGGCUCACAGUUCCAUACGCUGGUGUCCACCUUCAAAUGACAUAACCAGUGAUGUUUCUCCCAACUUAACUGGGGUCUGUGUGAGCCCAGGAGUCCCUGCACAUUCAAGAUGUCUACAGUCAGAGUCCUGUAACACACAGGUAAAAGAACAUUGCCACAGUGACUGGUCUAUGUGGAAAGUCUUCCUGGCUUGUCUCUUAGCCUGUGUGAUAAUGACAGCAAUUGGGGUACUCAUAAUAUGCUUGGUGAAUAACAAAGGAAGUGCCAAUUCCACCAUUGUUAUCCAGAUGUCCACAAACAAUGGAGAGUGUGUGACUGUCAAACCUGGAACACCCUCUACUGCUUGUCCACCUACAGUGACCACCACUUCAACUGUACCUACAACCACUGAAACUACGUCAACAGCUACAACUGACACCACUUCCACAAGACCUACAACUACAAAUUCCGGUUAAUAUGUAAUUUAAACAGCCACAGCCAUCACUUCAACUGAAACUUCAACCUCUACCACUUCAACUCAGCUUGCAACUGUAACAGCUGCUCCUAUCACUUCAAGUGGAACCGUGGCUGCCUCACUGUAACAGGCUCUUUGUUACAAUUUCAGCAAUAUCAAGUCCUACGUCAACUUAAACUUACUUGACAAUUCAAACAAUCACCACUUCUACCAUUUCUUUGACUGAAUCAAUAAUUACAUUCUCUUCAACUGAAUCUACAACCACUAUCGCUUCCACUUAACCUGUAACUAUUGUAACUUCUACUUAGCCUGCAGUAACAAUGCUCAUCAUUCUUUUCCAACAAUGUAUAAUCUCCACCUAUUCAUUUUAGGACUAAGCUCUGAUUUUUUUUAUCUUGCCCAAAUUCCUUUCUAAUUGGUCUGGAGAAUCAUGCCCUACAAACCAUAAAUUCUCAUCAGACAGGUUUUAUUUAACCCUGUAUGUUGUGACUUACUUUUCAGCCUGACUCUAGCAUAACAAGGGAAAAAAUCAAAAUGUUUUAUCCCAAGAUAUAUUUUCUUGCCAUACUUUGAAAUUGCCCUGCAAAGUCUCUCAUGGGAAAAACUCCACAUUCUAUAGAGAAAACCCUUCCCCCUUUGUUUUCCUUCCUUUCUUUCCACAUCCAGGAGAUAAUCAGCAAAAAGUCAGGCACUCUUUUACGUCUGUUAAGAAAUAUUUUACAACCUGCUCUCUCUCUGAAGGCUGAGAUCUGAGAGAUUGCUCUGCACAAUAAAACUUGGUCCCAAUAAUCCUAUAUCUUAACCUGAACAUUCCUUUCCAUUGAUCUCAGGUCUUCAGAUAAACUCAACCAAUUGUCAGCCAGAACAUAUUUAAAUUUACCUAUAGGCUGGAAGCUCCCACUUUGAGUUGCCCCGCCUUUCUGAACCAAAUCAAUGUAUUUCUUAAAUGUAUUUGAUUGAUGUCUCAUGCCUCCCUAAAAAUAUAUAAAAUCAAGCUGUACCCCGGCCACCUUGGGCACAAGUUCUCAGAACCUCCUGAGGGCUAUGUCAUGGGCCAUGGUCACUCAUA